ACCAUCCAAUUAACGACAAAAUCAAGAGAGGAACUCGUUGACCGGCAAUCGUCUGCAUGCGAGGCCGUUCGGAAAUUUUGCCCGUCACGCUACCCCAAUUUGCCCGUACCGGUUGCAAGCCACCCGGAGGACCAAAGUGGAGACCAAAGGGGACACGGAGAACAAGGGAGAGAUAUCUAGGGGUUCUCCCUACUCGGCUUUCUCUCUCUCUCUCUGUCUUUCCCUUUCUCUUUAUCGAAGGUGGCGUGUGUAUACGUGGAAGAAGGAAGAAUCGUCGGGUUUAACGCGCGCGGACGGAACCGGAGCCGCGUGAAUCCGCCCCUGCCGCCAUCACCACUGGUUCGACGCCGGCACCUUCUCCGCUCGUCCUCUCCCGACGACGGUGUCUACCAUCCCAAAGCCGAACCAGUCCAGAAAUCCCCACUCCGGGAGCGCGCACCGCGGCGACGGAAGUGUGGCAACGCUGCAGCUCGCCAGUGUCUCGGUCUUGGCGAGUUACUCGGGGGGGCUCAGGCCGAGUCUACCGAGUUUGUGUCUACCGGCGCGGGUAACCCGAAAGCGAGUGUGCCGAGGAUCAAAGUCGCGGGCCUCUAGCCGGCAUGCGAGACCGUCUCGCUGCUUGAAGGCCGUAACCGGGAAAAACGUGAUCGAAAGGGAGGACCGGUCGAGGAGGAGAGAAAAAGGGACAAAGGAAAACAGAACCGAAGAAAGGGAAAAACGAAAAGAACGAGGGAAAAGAAAAAACGAAAGAACGGAGGAAAGAGAAAAAGGAAGGAAAAAUUAAUAGUUGCGUUUUUUUUUCUGGCUCCUGGUACCGGGAAGUUUUUUUCACGGCCGCGACCAUCGGGAAACGAUCUCGUGUCACAACGGAGGGAUCGCGACGUGGUAGAGAAAAAGAACGACAGAGGAGACGGAAGAAGAGAAAAGAGAGGAAAAAACGACAGGAACGAGAGCCACAGACGGGACACACGUUUCGCGCGUUUGUCGUUCGUCACGUCACAUCUUGCCCGCCGUGAUCACGCGAACGUGCGCGCUUCGAAUCUACAUUACGUUCUAUACGACACCUAACCACCUACGUGCACGCGUCUGUACGUACGCGGGACGGACACGCGCGUGUAUACGUGUACGUGAAUAUCGUCCGCAUAAAAGACGUGGAAGGAGGAAUAGAGGGAAAAGAAAAAAGAAAAAGAUAUAUAUUUAUAUAUACAUAUAUAUAUACACAUAUAUAUAUACAUUACGUGUAUAUAUAUAUAUACGUACACGGUGACAAAACGCGUGACGAAAAAACAGUGUAAAUGGCGCUCUCCGCACAGAACCAGUCGACGUCGUACGUGAACUUAUAUUACUCGAUCGUCCAACGUGCGGCGACACGCUACUUUAAGGAAUAUUACAACUCCGAUACUGGCGCGCCCUACGUAUUAUACAAGGACAACAUGGAGAGACCCCAGGGGCAAUGGGGCCCCGGGCCGGGAUCUCUCCAGGACGGGGGACUGUACCCGCAGCAACAGCAACAACAGCAACAGCAGGGCUCCUCCUCGUCCGGCAGUCCACAGCAGGCCUGUGGUCCUCCUGUCGAGGGAGAAAGCGGUCCCCCGCCUUCGUUGGCCUCUCCCGUGCCCUCACCGUACCCCUCGGCACCGCCUGAGCCUCAAGCCUUAACCCCACCUGACGACGAUAUACAAUCGAAUCAAGCCACCUCUCAGCAGCAACAACAACAACAGCAGCAGCAGCAACAACAACAACAACAGACGCAACAGCAAGUUCAGCAGCAGCAGCAGCAGCAACAACAACAAGUUCAGCAGCAACAGCAGCAACAACAACAACAGCAGACGCAACAACAGGAUCACUCGCCUCAACAACAACUAACGCCUCACGAGGUGGAUCGCAGUGAUUGCUUCCCCGGCGCUGGAGAGUUGCAGCAAUAUCCACAGCACUAUUUCAAGGAUGCCAGGCCGCAUCCGUCGCCGUCGGUACCCCCGCACAUGCUCACCCCCGGUGGCUUCUCCGCGUUACACUAUCUCAAGCAACCAGGCGUCAUGCUGACGUCCCUCGGCCAGGGUGACGGCGGACCCAGUUUGGAUGCUCACCAAUACGCAAGUCCCGGGGCGCCAAACAUGGCGACUGGGUUGCCGGAUAUCGUGCAACAGAGCGGCAAGUCCGGGAAAGGGGCGAACAGCGAUCUACGUUUGUUCAAGUGUCUGACGUGCGGGAAAGAUUUUAAGCAGAAGUCGACGCUGCUUCAACACGAGCGGAUCCAUACGGACAGUCGGCCAUACGGGUGUCCAGAAUGCGGGAAGCGGUUCAGGCAACAAUCGCAUCUAACGCAGCACCUGCGCAUACACGCGAACGAGAAGCCGUAUGCUUGCGUGUACUGCGAGCGUACGUUCCGGCAGCGUGCGAUCCUCAACCAGCAUCUGCGCAUCCACUCGGGUGAGAAGCCAUACCAAUGUCCGGAGUGCGGAAAACACUUCCGUCAGAAGGCGAUCCUGAAUCAGCACGUCCGCACACACCAAGACGUGAGUCCGCAUCUGAUCUUCAAGAAUGGAAUGACGCCAACACUCUGGCCGCAGGAUGUUCCAUUUCCACCGGAGGAGGGCAAGGAGGAGGUGGCAUCGACGUUCGGCGACACGGACACACAGUCGGGCGCGUUCAGUCCGGCGCCGGACGCGAAUUCCAUCCAGUAUCCCGCUUACUUCAAGGACCCGAAGGGCGGGAAUCACGCGGUUUUCGGUGCCGGCGGCGCAGGUAGCUUCGGUGCUCUGCAGUAUAUCAAGCAACAGGGCGGUAGUAAGAGCUGUUUACCGGACGUGAUACAGCACGGCCGCUCCGCGGGGAUGCCGUUGUACGUGCGAUGUCCGAUCUGUCAGAAGGAAUUUAAGCAAAAAUCGACGCUGCUGCAGCACGGCUGCAUACACAUCGAAUCGCGACCGUAUCCUUGCCCGGAGUGCGGCAAAAGGUUCAGGCAACAAUCGCACUUGACCCAACACCUUCGCAUUCACACGAACGAAAAGCCGUACGGCUGCGUUUAUUGCGGCCGCAACUUCCGUCAACGUACCAUCCUGAAUCAACAUUUGCGCAUUCAUACCGGCGAGAAGCCGUACAAGUGUCAACAGUGCGGCAAAGAUUUCCGUCAGAAGGCGAUACUGGAUCAGCACACGCGCACCCAUCAGGGUGACCGGCCGUUUUGCUGUCCGAUGCCAAACUGCAGGCGGCGUUUCGCCACCGAGCCAGAGGUGAAGAAGCACAUCGACAACCAUAUGAAUCCGCACGCGGCCAAGGUGCGUAGGAACUCGAGCAGCGACUCGAAACCACCCGGUACACCGGCUGGUUUAGGCCCUGUCCCUGUACCUAGAGGUCUUACGCCGACGGUGGUGAAGCCGGAGCUCUAUUUCCCGCAAUGUUACGCGCCCGCGUUCAAUCAUCAACCGCCAGUGUCGACGGCACAAUUCCCGGCCCAGGCGAACGGGGUAUCCGUUGCCGGCGAAUUCAAACCACCGACCGGUCUGCCGCCGCAGUGACUAACCGUCCAUCCUGCCGCCUACUAGCAAGCAGGAAUACCGCUGAGAUUUCAGCGAUGCUUCGGUCACGCGUUACAAACCGACGCCGUCGCCGCCGCCGCCGCCGCUUCAACGACGUCGAGUGCCGCGUCGCACCGAUGCAGCCAGCCGAUCCAGCAACACUACCCGUGACAUUUAUCGUGCAUUUACUAGGCUCUUUCUUUUCGUUUCGCAGUUCGCUUACUUUCCUCGUUCCAUUGCUUCGCACAGCCUCGGAACGCGUCGCCAGCUAGUCCUCAGCUCGACGGUGAUCGACACCGCGACUCGUUCUUAGCUCUUCGAUCUAUCGUCUCUCUUCGUUUCUGUAGUUCGAUUUCGAGUCGAGAAACGGACUGUCCGCGUGUGUGUAUACGUGUGCGCGUACGUUUCGGUACAACACGUUCGCGUACGUCGAUCGUUGAACGCGUUUACUCUUAUUACCAAUAGACUGUACCCUCGUCCGACUAGUGUGGUCCGUUUCUACUUGUGCGGUCCCAACCUGCUAUCCUUCGUUACGCGAACCAAUCGUAAGUAAUCGCGAAGCUCGUCAGCAACCACAACCUCACAAUGGCAACUUGUUCUUCUUUUCGAUCACUGAUCAUCGUUACCUGACGAAUAUACCGCGAUUCACGGGAAGCAACCGACCGAGACCGUGCAUCUACCACUGAUGUUCUACGCGAUUGCGUUCUAAACGCAAGAUGGAAAUAAGAGUAAGGGACUGUGUUAACUGACACGAACCGAGUCACGAACAAACGAGCUACGCGAUUAUAGAAAGGGGUUCGCGGAGAUACAGAGGUUUGGAUCGUGCAGGAAGGCGAGAGUCGUUGUGUCGUUCAUCGUCGAGCUGAUCACUGGCGCCAGAAAAAUGGUGACUCAACCAACGAAGAAUCUCGUCUAUUCCCCCCCCCAUACGUAUUUUUUAUAUAUUAAUGAAUUAACGACGUACCUUCUCGCGUUUUUUUCGUCGAUAAGCGAAUAGCUCGAGAGAGUUCGGUGGUUCCGCGCGCAGGCAGGCAGGCCGUCCGAGGUGUCGUUCGUCACACCGCUUACACACACACACACACACACACAUACAAACACACGCAUACACAAACCCAGAGGCAGACAGACACACAAGCAACAAGUAUACGUAAAGCGAAACUCGUAAUCGAGACGUGUUUCGGCUAACACACACGGGUUUGAGGAUGUUCGAUUCGACGACCAGAUUAGAAGCAAACAAAACAAAAAAAAAUUGAUAACGAUUGUGAUACGAUAUCUAACUUGCCUAUGUUUAAAUGAAACAAAAAGAACAAAAUGAAAGAGAAAAGGGAAAGGGAGAAGAAGGAAAAGAAAGAGAUAUAGGUGAUGGGAGGAAGAUACGUUGCCUCGAGAGGGAGGUGAAUACACGACCACGAGAAGAAUGCCUGUAAAUAUGUAAAGCCGUUCACUCCGACGAACAAACAAAAACGAGUGGAGGAAGAGCAAAAAAAAAAAAAAUGUUGAAAUGACGCGAAAAAGAGCGAGCAAGAGAGUGCAUGCUUGGCUGCGCGGACGCUGCGUGGAUCCGUGUGUGAAUGAGAAGAAAGGAGAGAGAAAGUGUUGCGAAUGCGUGAGCAAAAUCGAGGGUAGAACGAAGAGGGACGGAGAGUGUACGAGUGGGUAGAAUCGCUAAAGGAUGAGAGAAAUAGGAGAGAGAGAAAAAAAAGGCGAAACGAAGGAGGAAGGAGAAGAUGCGGAGAAAGAGAAAGAGCAGGAAGGUGAGAGGGCCAAAAAAGGAAAAAAAAGGAAAGGAGGGGAUAGACGUAUGGAUGAAAGAGAAGGGUGAGUGAAAAUGUGAAAUGGGAAGAAGAGAGAUUAGGUAGGAUUUACGAGGACGGCGUAUCCCCCCAGAGUGCUGAGCCAUAGCUUUUCGGGGUACGACAAGUUGACGAUGACGAUAGUUGCGCGAGGGGAGGGUACGACUCUUGUAUACUAUAGUAAUAUUUGAAUGUAUAUUUAUACGACAGGUUAUAUUAUUCUAUUAACUAUAAUGAUGAUAUUUUGAAUCGGUUUUAAAAUCAGAUUGGUGCUGAACGUAACACUAGGUAAGCGACACAAAGCAAAAGAAGAAAAAAAAAACGCGAAAGAGGAGGGAACGUGGAAGAAGGCUGAGACACCGUAGAAGUAGUGUAAGUAGGGUAGUCGAUAGAGUAGAGCACGAGAGAGAGUGUGUAUGAGAGAGAGAGAGAGAGAGAGAGAGAGAUAAAAAGAGAGAAAGAGGAGUAAAAUCCGUGGGGGGAAAAAGAAGAGGAAUAAAAAAGACUUUCGUAGGACCCUCGUGAAGUCCGCUCAUCCGGAACUUAAUAAUAAUAAUAUUAAUAAUAACACUAAUAAUAAUUACUAGUAAUAAUAAUAAUUAUAAUUAUAAUAAUAACGCAAUUAUCAUCACAUCAGCCGGUGAACAGAAGGUAACGAACGGAUAAUAACAAGAACGGAAGUAAAACAGGAAGAAUGUUUCGUGGCAAUACUUAAGAGGAAAACGAUACGAAAUGGGGAGAGAAAUACAUACACGAACACAAAAGGAACACACACAAAAUAUUGAGGAAAUUUCAACGUACUAGAGAAUAGUCUUUUAAAUUUCUAUAUUAAGACGUGUGAUCUCUCUAAUUAUUGUACAUUAUAUAUAUAUAUUAUAUAUAUAUUAUAUAUAUAUAUUAUAAUGAUCUAUACCUAUAGAUGACGAGAUGCAUAAGUAUAUGAUUACGAUUAUACGUAUAUUAGGCGUUCUACAGUUAGUCUUUUAUCAUUUAGACACAGAGAUGAUUUGAAGAUGAAUAAUUGUGCGGCCAUAUUCUCUGUGGCCUGUUUGUAGUGCCUCGGAAUUGCUGCUCGCGGCAGUGAUUUGACCGUAUUUUAGGAUGGUAUAUUAAUAAUUAUAUUGAGAACUGCAAUUAUCGAUACUCUGAUACAGUACUAAAGGUGGAAGGAGCAAGAAUAAAGAAAGAUGAGUGGAACCGAAAGGAAAGAGGAGGAAGGGAAAAGAAAAGAGGAGAGAAAAAAGGAAAAGGGUGAAAGACGAGAGUUUAAAGGAAAAGAAAAGAAAAGAAAAGAAAGAAGCGAAUGAAUGAAGUGAUCGUGUCGUCAGGCGUCACGUUAAUCGACUCAUUAAAUUAUUAAAGAUCUACUUAUAUCGCGUUUACAAAAAUAGGUUAGCGAGAAAAGGAAAAAACAAAAAGAAAAAAGACGCGCGGGAGCGCUAGAAAUCGGGAGUUAGAAAUCGACGACGCUGUGAUCGUUCGCUGAUAAUCACUUUUAAUCGUACUUUUUCUUUAUUAUUUUUUUUUCUAAUGAUAUUAUUAUUAUCCUCGUUGCUCUCUAUUAACUUCUUUCCUUAGUUGUUGCUUGCGCGUUGAAAAAGAAAACGAACAAGAACAUAAGGAAAAAGAUCAAAACGAAGGAGUAGGUUCUUCAGAAAACAUGAGGAAUUCUCCGUGAUUCAAGAGUAUUAUGAUUGUUACGACAUACUAAAAUUUCACGGGACAGUCGAUCGUGUCGACAUCCCGAUCUUUUUUAGAUUCGCUCGUCCCUCUUCCCUUGUGCGAUUUUAGCGGGACUGAUCUCACGACGUUCCUCAUUUCGCGAUUCAAAUCGCCGAGUUCUCGGGGUGCUUAAAUUCGAUAGAAAAUCGCGUCGUUUGCCGACAUCCUUAUGCCUUCCUGAAAAUCUUAUUAAACUUUCUACAGAUCGUUUCAAAGUUCCGAAAUAUCUUGCGACUGCAACUGAUCGACAUCAUUUAAGAUUUAAACGGAAACAACUAAUAAUCGUGAAAACUUUCGAGCGUCAACUGCAAAUCUUGUUUCUCUCUUCUCUUUUUUCUUUUUUUUUUUUUAUUCAUCGGUCAUUUAUAUUUUCUUUUUUUUUCGGUUAAAUUUUCGCUCGUCGAAAAAUACGUGCCGCGCGUGAAAACAAUAAUUCAAUCUUUCCGUUUCGCGACAGAACGACAGAGCGAUUUCACGUGGACGAGCGAAAUAUUAUUCGCCAGUGAAAUAAUAAUUGGUUUAUUAGGUGUUUGUCGAUCGACGAAUAAAAUGUGACCACACUAUAUCGAAAGAAAAUCGCUCAUUGAAUACGGUCAUUAAACAAUCGUGUCGAACGUCUUAAUUGACGCUGUUCCAAUUUCUCUUUAGGUUUUCGUUUCGUAUAACUCCGAAAUUUGAUUUUUUUUUUUGCUUAUUAUGUCGUUUCUUACACGAAACACGAAUCACGGUUCUGCACGCAACGCGAUUGGAUUAUUAGGUUUCACGUAAAAACUCGAUCGAAUUCUUCAAACGGGAAUCUUUUUUCAACCAUAUUUUUAACGCAUCUUACGCGUGUUUUUUCUCUAUUUCGUCGAGAACACGAUAAUAAAAAAGCAAAAAAAUUGUUCGUGCAAAUGGGAUUAAGAUCCUUUCGGGCGUGGCUGACCGUUUAAUUAUUUUUUCUUUUUGUUUUUCGCAGGGCGAAAGAAUAUAUCGUCAGGCCAGGAAAGAUUGUUUUCGAAUAGAAAAAGAUACUCGUUUUAGUAUGUUUGUCGAAACAGAGUUGGAGGUAGAGAAUAGGAAGAGACGAGAAAAGGAAAAAGAGAAAGACGACUAAUUAUUGUAAAAAAAAAAGUGUAGAUACGAACGAAUAUUUUCUUUUUUUGUUUUUGUUUACCAUCUGUUCUAACUCGUCGUAUUCAACAUAACGAUAUAUCAUCUCGUAUCUUAUUAUUAUCGCUGUUAAUUAAUUAUUAUUAAGUUUCUAUCGCGAGAGAUUUUUGCAUACGGUGCAGUGGUUGGUAUCGUUCUUUCCUUUCUUUUUCUAAAUAGAGAUUUUCCUUUUCUUUUUUGCUGUCACCCUUCCACACUUUUUGCCGUACUUUUCUCCGUUUUUUUUCUUUUUUUUCGCGACGCCCGUCGACUGUACGGAACGUUCUUUGAUCCUCAAUGUCCGACAUUGUUAAGACGUUUCCUUACGUCCUCUUUUUGUAAUACUUCUUUCUUUUUUAUACGGAUUAUUCUUUAUCGAAAUAAUUCCGACUACUAGUGCUUAUGCUUAUUAUUCUCUAAUCUCGCAGUCACAAAAUCGGCCGUGUGAUAUAUACAUAUAUGUAUUUAUAGCGUGUCGCAGGGACGAAAGAAAUCCGAUUGAUUUUUAACUCUGUUUAAUCCUUUUAUAUAUAUAUUAUAUAUAUAAAAUAUUUUAUACCUUUUCGCGAAUGUACUUUUUUGCAAAAAAAGAAAACGAAGCGCGAUAGCCAGCUGAUCUGGCCCGAGACGACAGGGACGCGUUAUAUUUUUACUUUUAAGUUCCGUGUAUACGUGCCGGUCGCAGAACUCGUUGCGAACUGCUGCGAAACUGGUUCGGGUGGUUGGACGACGUCAGAACCUUGUGUGGUGCCAUUUCGAUCGACGAAACACUCCGACGAGCGUCGUCAGAGCGCGGAUGAAGUAAAGAAACGACGAAAAACAAAAAAAGCACAGAAAAAGAAAAAAAAAAGAGAAGAAGACGAGUAGAAGAAGAACGAAAAAACGUAAAAGCAAGAGGAAAAGAAAGAGGGCGGAGGGGAAGUACUGUGAUAUCGAUUCACUAUAGCGAGAUAAAGAGACAAAAUACAAAAAAGAAGAGAAUGGAAGACGGGAGCGCGGAGAACAAUCAUGAAAGCGUGUAUAUGCACACGAUCGGAUGAUCCACGAGAUGGUAUCGUCGUGCACGAUAAGCGUCGACGUAUACGAUGUUACGAUAAUGUUUAUUUAUAAGCGACUUUUCUAUUCUAAUGUGUACAGUAUGCACGACGAGUAAUCGGGUUCGUGGAUUAUCUGGUCUUUUCUCGCGUGUGUAAGUAUACUACGCGUAGAAUGGCCGACAGUCGGCCGGUUUUUUACCGAAUCGAACCAGAGGAAUCGUGAAACGUUCUUGCUUGCCUUUAUCGCUGGCAAAUAUCGCGGAUAGGGAACGGAUAGAAGAGAAAGAAAACGACGCGCGUCGUCCCGACGUCGAUCGAAUAACUAUUUCGCGAUAGCCGACGUCGUCCGGCCGCUCUUUUGCACCGACCAACCUUGUUAAAUAACUGUUACUGCUGCCUACCGCUACGAUGCAUUUAUUAUUUGUCAUUUUAUUUUUUGUCUUUUAUAUUUAUCACUUGUUGCACGUUUCAUCGAGAGAGGAGAGAGUGUGAGAGAAGAGUAAAUAUAUACGGACUCGAAAAGAAUGCGAAAGAGAGCGAGGAUGAACAAACAUGGAGAGAAAGAAGAAUCGAAUCGCGGAUACGGGUCGCAACGUUUUCUUCGCGACAGAGAACGCAAACGUUUCACGUCUGUAUACACUAAAUGGGAAGAACAAGGCGAUCUGUGUUUCUCCAAUUUUGUUUUAUCUCCUUUUUUUUUUUUAUUACUAUUACUAUUGUAAUUUUGUAAUUUUUUCUUACUACGUAUUUUUUUCUUUUUUUUUUGUUCUCGUCUCUUUGAAAUCUAAUCUCGGUUGUGUGCUUUCAAGACGUAGAGCCGAAGAGAGGCCGCGUUGGGCCGCGUCAUCCCGUGUCGUCCACUGAAUGCUCAACAUAGAUUAGGUUAUAAGCUUUAUAUAUUAUUACCUAUAUAACGAUUAAUGUAAAUUAUUGUUUCUUCUCUCCCUUUAUAAGACUCAGGGCUCACGGCCCCGCAGACGGGGCCAAGCCUCGCGACAGGAUGACGCGACCUGGAACGCCUCUCUUUCCUCUUUUAAUUCCUCUCUAGUUUUUACGCAGAUAACUCGUAUACUUCUGUUCGCGUUCGUUUUGUUUUUCACUUUUCUUUUCUUUUUUUAUAUAUCUAGAGAGAGAACGAGACACACCUUUACACGAAAUCUCGGUUUUAUACGUAUUAUUAAUUUAUAACCGGCGUACCAGCGAUUAAAUUUUUUUUUUUUUUUUUUUUGGUGCACAAAGACUAUCACCAAUGCCACCACGAUCACCACACACCCACUUCGACACACGAGAUCUCGCUUUCAAAAUUUAGCUUUAAAAUUUUCGAUGCGGACGCUGAUGCAGGUGCAAUACAUUACGGAUGUGCAUAUGUACACUUAGGAUCGUGCCGCGGUGCGUUGAAAACUAUGCGAGUUUUGCUUGAAAAAUAGUCGCUCACGUUCUAGCGAAAGAAAACAAAAAAAAAAAAAGAAGGAAAAGAAAGAAAGAAGAGGAAAAACCGAAUGGGAAAAAAACAUGAAAGAAAAUGUCGGGAAAAAAAUUGGUCGCGAAAUCGCAAGCGGAAGACGCGUUACGCGUUACCCGUUUUUCCGCGUCGAUGUCCUUUUGUCUCGAAUGUUUCCGUGUAAUUGAAAGCUGGUUCGCGUUAACGUUACUUGUUCACGCGUAAUUCUCCACGUUUCGUAAGCUCGUUUGAACACGCGUGCUACUCCGUUUCGACGUGUCGUAACGCGGAAAGGAACGACAGACGCACGGCGAGACGAAAGAAAUUCGUUUCUCUUUGUUCCCUCGUUUGAGCCUUUUUAUUAUUAUCAUUAUUACUAUUAUUAUUAUUAUUAUUAUUAUUAUUAUUAUUAUUAUUAUUAUUAUUAUUAUUAUUAUUAUUAUUCCUAUUAUGGAAGUUCGUUUCGACGCACGUUUUUUUUCCAUUUUGCUUCCAUCGUUCACAGGACAGUGAUCAAUUUUCUCGCGUGUACUUAGUGUUUCAACGCACGCGUAGCUCGCGUCUUAUUUAUAUAUAAAUAUAUAUAUAGAUUUUUAUAUGUAUACACGAACUCGCACGAUCGUAAAUGUAAAGAGUUUUAAAAACGUUAGAAAAAGAAAAAAAAAAGGAAAAAAAAAAGGAUUACGGAGGAAGAAUCAAAUCACCGAAGUGUGCGCUUGGCGCCGGUGAUGCAUAUAUAUAUAAAUAUAUAUAUAUUAUACCGUUUUAUUUACGAUUUUAUAAUAUUUACACGAGAGCAGCGAACCACUGAGCCAAGACUGACCUCUUUGUGUUUCUCCUUAAUUCGUGCGCAAAAUGUUUCAUUUUAUUCGACAUGUGUUUUUAUCAAUUUUUUUUUUCUUUUUUUUUCUUCAAGACGACUACUUUAGCUCGAAAUUCUUGUGUUGUUGCAUUUUCUACCGUGUUGUAUUUUCUCUGUUCGAUCUCUCUGCGGUCACGGAUGGAAGAUUCGACGCUCGAUCAAACCGCCCACUUUGUUUUGUAUGAACGCACUGUGACGAGAGAGCGACGCACAGAGGAACAGAGAAAUAGAAAAAAAAAUAAUGGAACAACUUUCCUUAUAUUAAAAAAAAAAGGAAAAAGACGAAAAAAAAUGCAAAAAAACAUACGAAAAACAAAAAACUCCUCGCAAGAUCACAAUAAAUUUUUGAAUAAAAUCUAUUUUUUCUUA